UCUUUCAGCCCCUCCCUCUCAGACAGAGGUGGGGUGGUGAAGACAGAAAUGAUUAGCGGAGGAAGUUUGACAUCAACCAGAUAAGAAACUGAACCCUAAAGACACGCUGGGAGAAAAGUUGAGAAAAGCGAAGGGAACUGAAGCAGAGAAAAGUCUGGGUUUGCAGAUUUUCCCGUUUCUGGAGGACGUUAUUAAGACGGUGAUGUAAUUGGUUCUCUUCUAUGGACUCUUUGGGUUUUGAAUCGGUCUCCUGAACUGGAUGUGACAGCAUAACCGACACGCCUCCCGUUUGUCUGGCUCCCAUUUGCCUGCAGGAUGGUGGAUCUGUUCUACGACCACGUUCUGGUGAAGAACAACAAAGACCAGGAGGAGCUGGACACAGAGCGGGAAGUGGUCCUGCGCCUGCAGAACCGAAUCCUCCUGCUUUUCUUUGCGUCCGCUGAAAGUGACACCUGCCAGCAGUUUGCUCCCACGCUCCAUGACUUCUUCAAAAAGCUGACGGAUGAGUUUUACGUGGAGCGUUCUGCUCAGCUGGCUCUUCUGUACAUCAGUUUGGAUCAGUCAGAGGAGCAGCUGGAGAACUUCCUCAAGGAGCUCCCCAAGAAGUCUCUGUUCCUGGCCUAUGAGGACCCCUACAGGAGGGAGCUGGAGGCCAUGUUUAAUGUGGAAGAGCUCCCCACCGUGGUGGUGCUGCGUCCCGACUGCUCCAUCCUGGUCCCGAACGCGGUGGAGGAGAUCAUCCGCCUGGGCCCAGACUGCUACCGAAACUGGCACGAGGCAGCAGAACUUCUCGACAGGAACUUCCUCAUCACGGAGGACUUCCAGGAAAAGUCCAUGCGCAGCUUCACCGACCCCGUCAGAAGACUGAAGUACAAGGUGGAGGACGAGAAGAAGAAAAAGAAGAAAAAAAAGCAAACAUGCAACGACGACAGGGAGGCAGAAGCAGGGGCAAACGAUCGAGAUGAAGGCCGGUCCCUCUGGUGAUGCAGGCAACCCGGACUGAAGUUGUUGUGAUCAGGAGCUUUAAGGCGGAGCCUCUCAUGGCUGCUCAAUCGUUGUUUAGCUCCCGUGUUUAAUUUCACGUAUGACAUGUGAGGAACUCGUCUUUCUGGACCCAGUCUUUACAACGCAUACAUCAUAUGGAGGCCAAACGUAGAAAAAAGAGAAAUCCCAUGAGUACUAAUCAUUGACUGUAUACAAGAACUGGACUGAGUGGCUCCUCCCCCUGGCG